CUUCUCUCUAUAUAAGAGACCUCACCCGAGGGAUGGACAGAUAGCUCUAGAGAGAGAGAGAGAGAGAGAGAUCAAGCUAUUGAUUCAUGGAAGCAGUUGAAGACAUAGUGAUUGUUGGUGCCGGCAUUGCAGGCCUCACAACGGCUUUGGGACUAUACAGGCUUGGCAUUAGAAGCUUGGUUCUGGAGUCGUUUGAUGGGUUGAGAACCACGGGGUUCGCCUUCACAACAUGGACAAAUGCUUGGCGGGCCCUGGACGCACUCGGGAUCAGCGAACCACUCCGCCAACAGCACAACCAACUUUUUGGGUUGCAGUUAACUUCCACAAUUUCUGGAAUUUCUACAGCUGAGGGACAAUUUGAUGCCACCGGGACAAGACGAGGCCAUGAAAUUCGUGGCAUGCAGAGGAGAACCCUGUUGGAAACUCUUGUGAAUGAACUUCCUAGUGGCACUAUAAGGUAUUCGUCCAAGGUUGUGUCAAUCGAGGAAUCAGGCCUCCUUAAGCUGGUCCAUCUUUCGGAUGGGUCAAUUCUCAAGGCGAAGGUGUUAAUUGGGUGUGAUGGAGUGAACUCAGCAGUGGCAAAAUGGCUAGGCUUCAAGAAGCCCGCAUUUGUUGGCCGAUCAGCCCUCAGGGGCUGCGUGUAUUACGAUCACAGUCACAGUUUCGAGCCUAAAUUCUUCCAGUUCUUUGGUGAAGGAGUUAGAUCUGGUUUCAUCCCUUGCGAUGACAAGACUAUUGAUUGGUUCUUUACAUUUGAUUCUUCCAGCAAGAAUGAAGAGAUGGAAGAGAGUCUGGCCAAGAUUAAGCAAUUCAUGCUGCAAAAGCUCGGAAAAAUACCCGACAAUAUGAGAGCUGUUUUCGAGAAAACAGAACUGGAUAACAUUAUAUUAUCACCGCUGAGAUUUCGACCCCCGUGGGAGAUUCUGUGGGGAAAUAUAAGCAAAACCAAUGUCUGUGUGGCCGGAGACGCAUUCCACCCCAUGACGCCAGAUAUUGGCCAGGGAGGCUGCUCGUCUCUAGAAGAUGGCAUUGUCCUAGCGAGAUGCCUGGGCGAAGCCUUGAGGGACAAUCAAAGCAUGAGCAGUGAAGAAGAGUACAAGAGGAUUGAGAUGGGCUUGCGGAGGUAUGCCAAAGAGAGAAGAUGGAGAGCAUUUGAGCUCAUAAGCACAGCUUACAUGAUGGGAUACAUCCAACAGAGCAAUGGCAAGGUAUUGAACUUCUUGAGGGACAGAGUACUGGCCACCUUCUUGGCCAGGUGGUCGCUGAAGAUGGCAAAUUUCGAUUGCGGGAAACUGAGCGCUUCUUGAAUUACCCUGAUUGUUUACUUAUCAGUGUGUUUUGUGCCGGCAUUCAUGUGAAAGGGGAGAUAGCUAAGUUGUGAUUGGUUUGCUUCGCCUCUCAAAUAUCAGAGAAAAGGUUCCUGUCUAUGCGGAGACAUCCCUGUAUGAUUGGAGCAACGACAAAAGAAUUUGUGAAAUGAGGCACAAAAAAGUCUAAUAUAGGCACUUUUAUGUUCGGUUUCUGGGAUUUUAAGGAACGACAACGUGCCAUAAUGGUCUUUAUUUGGGUGACAUGCAUUUCUUUACCGUAAAACAUCGCUUUUCAUGUGAAGAGCAUGAUUUAGUAAAAUUUGCGUAUGGAACAAUUUCUUCAAUUUGUCUUUUGAAUCCUCUGGAGUAAGAUCUUGUAAAUAUA